UCGGCGCGCCGAAGAGCUGCGGCUGCUCCUGCUGCUGUGCGAAGAGGCGGAGGUGGCCCUCUUGCGCCUCCCCGGACUUCCCAAGUGGGGGCAGAGCAGGCACUGAGUGGAGACAUCAGUUAGAAGGCACUGGCAGAGAGAGACCGGCAAACUCCUCCUCAGCUUCUGCCCUCCACCCCUUUUCGGUGCCUGCUUUUUGGAGAAAGUGGAGUGUGGUGUUGGAUUGUGGCGACUUCUUCGGACUGCUUCUCGGCGCACAGUCAGCGGCUGCCCAGCGGGGCGGCUGAAAGCUGUUUGCACCUUUUUCGGGUAGCUCUCCACCGCACCCUUCUAUUAACCAUGAGGAAAGGUCUGCGGGCGACAGCGGCCCGCUGCGGACUGGGACUGGGAUACGUGCUGCAAAUGCUCGCGUUACCUGCCCUGGCCCUGCUCAGCGCCAGCGGCACGGGCUCCGCCGCUCAAGAUGAUGACUUUUUUCAUGAACUCCCAGAAACCUUUCCAUCUGAUCCACCUGAGCCUCUACCACACUUCCUUAUUGAACCUGAGGAGGCUUAUAUUGUGAAGAACAAGCCGGUGAACCUGUACUGUAAAGCCAGCCCUGCCACCCAGAUCUACUUCAAGUGCAACAGUGAAUGGGUGCAUCAGAAGGACCAUAUAGUAGACGAGAGAGUAGAUGAAACAUCUGGUCUCAUUGUCCGGGAGGUGAGCAUUGAGAUUUCACGGCAGCAAGUGGAAGAACUCUUUGGGCCUGAGGAUUACUGGUGCCAGUGUGUGGCCUGGAGCUCAGCAGGCACCACAAAGAGUCGGAAGGCCUAUGUGCGCAUCGCAUAUCUGCGGAAGACAUUUGAGCAGGAACCCCUGGGAAAGGAAGUAUCCUUGGAACAAGAAGUCUUACUCCAGUGCCGGCCACCUGAAGGGAUCCCAGUGGCUGAGGUUGAGUGGUUGAAGAAUGAAGACAUAAUUGAUCCCGUUGAAGAUCGGAACUUUUACAUCACCAUUGAUCACAAUCUCAUCAUAAAGCAGGCCCGCCUCUCUGACACUGCAAAUUAUACCUGUGUUGCCAAAAACAUCGUGGCCAAGAGAAAAAGCACAACCGCCACUGUCAUAGUCUAUGUGAAUGGUGGCUGGUCUACCUGGACAGAGUGGUCCGUGUGCAACAGCCGCUGUGGACGAGGGUACCAGAAGCGUACAAGGACCUGCACCAACCCAGCACCACUCAAUGGUGGUGCCUUCUGUGAAGGACAGAGUGUGCAGAAAAUAGCCUGUACUACAUUAUGCCCUGUGGAUGGCAGGUGGACCUCAUGGAGCAAGUGGUCUACAUGCGGGACUGAGUGUACCCACUGGCGUAGAAGGGAAUGUACCGCACCAGCCCCCAAGAACGGAGGCAAGGACUGCGACGGCCUGGUCUUGCAAUCCAAGAACUGCACUGACGGGCUCUGCAUGCAAAGUUUCAUUUAUCCUAUUUCAACUGAACAGAGAACCCAGAAUGAAUAUGGAUUUUCUUCCGCCCCUGACUCAGAUGAUGUUGCUCUCUAUGUUGGGAUUGUGAUCGCCGUGAUUGUUUGCCUUGCCAUCUCCGUAGUUGUGGCCCUAUUUGUAUAUCGAAAGAAUCACCGUGACUUUGAAUCUGAUAUUAUUGACUCAUCAGCACUCAAUGGAGGAUUUCAGCCUGUGAACAUUAAGGCAGCAAGACAAGAUCUUCUGGCGGUGCCUCCAGACCUCACUUCAGCUGCAGCCAUGUACAGGGGCCCCGUCUAUGCCCUACACGAUGUCUCAGACAAAAUCCCAAUGACCAAUUCUCCCAUUCUGGAUCCACUGCCCAACCUGAAAAUCAAAGUGUUUAACACGUCAGGUACUGUCACUCCCCAGGAUGACCUGUCUGAGUUUACAUCCAAGCUGUCCCCCCAGAUGACCCAAUCCUUGCUGGAGAAUGAGGCUCUCACCCUGAAGAACCAGAGUCUGGCAAGGCAGACGGAUCCGUCUUGUACUGCGUUCGGCACCUUCAACUCCCUCGGCGGCCACCUCAUUGUUCCCAACUCAGGAGUCAGCUUGCUGAUUCCCGCUGGGGCCAUCCCCCAAGGGAGAGUCUACGAAAUGUACGUGACUGUACACAGGAAAGAAAAUAUGAGGCCACCCACAGAAGACUCACAGACCCUUCUGACCCCAGUGGUGAGCUGCGGGCCUCCGGGGGCCCUCCUGACCCGCCCUGUCAUCCUCACCAUGCACCACUGUGCAGAUCCCGACACUGAGGACUGGAAGAUUCAGCUCAAGAACCAGGUGGCACAGGGACAGUGGGAGGAUGUGGUGGUAGUCGGAGAGGAAAACUUUACUACCCCUUGCUACAUUCAACUGGAUGCAGAAGCCUGCCACAUCCUCACAGAGAACCUCAGCACCUACGCCCUGGUCGGACAGUCCACCAACAAGGCAGCAGCGAAGCGUCUGAAGCUGGCCAUCUUUGGGCCCCUCUGUUGCUCCUCCCUGGAGUACAGCAUCCGGGUCUACUGUCUGGAUGACACACAGGAUGCCCUAAAGGAAGUUCUGCAACUUGAGAGACAGAUGGGAGGACAGCUUCUAGAAGAUCCCAAGGCUCUUCAUUUUAAAGGCAGCACCCACAACCUACGCCUUUCGAUUCAUGACAUCGCCCAUUCCCUCUGGAAGAGCAAAUUGCUGGCAAAGUAUCAGGAAAUUCCUUUUUAUCAAAUCUGGAGUGGAUCUCAGAGACACCUGCACUGUACCUUCACUCUGGAAAGAUUCAGCCUGAACACAGUGGAGCUGGUGUGCAAACUCUGUGUGCGGCAGGUGGAAGGAGAAGGCCAGAUCUUCCAGCUCAACUGCACGGUGUCAGAGGAACCUACGGGCAUGGAUUUGCCACUGCUGGAUCCUGCAAGUACCAUCACCACUGUCACGGGACCGAGCGCCUUCAGCAUCCCUCUCCCGAUCCGGCAGAAGCUCUGCAGCAGCCUGGAUGCACCACAAACUCGAGGCCAUGACUGGAGGAUGCUAGCCCAUAAGCUCAACCUGGACAGGUACUUGAAUUACUUUGCCACCAAAUCAAGCCCAACUGGUGUAAUCCUGGAUCUCUGGGAAGCACAGAACUUCCCGGAUGGAAACCUGAGCAUGCUGGCAGCUGUCCUGGAAGAAAUGGGAAGACACGAAACAGUAGUGUCGUUAGCAGCAGAAGCGCAGUAUUGACCACGCAGGAGGCAAAAGUAGACACACACAGGGAGUCUGUGGUCGCCCAGGGGUGUCACAGCACAAAAGGACAUCGGACCAAUGAGCUUCACAGGCCAGAUCCCAGUAGGAAGAGAGAGAUGAAAACCAGAUACACCUUCUGAUAUACAUGCCCACUUUCCUCGGACAGCAUUGCCGGAGUUAAGCAAAAUUGUGUAAAUUUGUACCUUGAAUUUAGAAACCAACCUAAUUUUCCUCUUAGUUGGGCUGUAUGCUGUGUGGUACAGGAUCUUACAGUUUCCUAGGAAACGCUUUUUAUUGCUAUCCAGAUGUAUGGAUAAACUUUCUUAACAAACCCAAUUUCUACAAACGUUGUUUACAUCGAAUUGGACAGGGAUGCAGACACUGUCCAUGGCUCGUUCUAUUUUUGUUCAAAUCAUUUGAAGUUGAAGCUGUGGACGGGUUGUUGUGUCUAUUUCAGAUUAGUAAUUUACAGAGAAGUCACAGACUUUUGCUACAAAUCAUGUGCAUCGAGUGUCUCGGAUAAUCCUCCAUCCAUGUUCUGUUUCUAGGACUUGUAGAACCAGUAUUACUGUUUGUAUCAGGGAAGUGGAGAAUUUAAGUGUCAGGGAGAAAGGAUUAAGACUCCUUGUUCCUCCGGGGAGGCUUGCCUGGUGCCCUUCGAGAAUCAAACUGUAGCGUUGCAGGGAAGAAUGUGAUUCACAUCCAACCAUAUAGACAAGCAUUCCUCCGCAUCACGUAUGUCAUAGGCAGUUGGCAGUGGUGUUUGCUUUUUUAAAAGAUAUCAUUAUUAUUAUU